AUGGAGGAGACAAACCAGACAACUGUGAUGGACUAUGUCCUGCUGGGGCUCCAUGGGCAUCAUGACCUAGAGAUGGUCCUGUUUGUGCUUUGCCUGGGCAUCUACUGCAUGAAUCUGCUGGGGAACUCCCUCCUCAUGGUGCUGAUCAUGCUGAACCCCCACCUGCACAACCCCAUGUACUUCUUUCUCAGCAACCUCUCCCUCAUAGACAUCUGUGCCACCUCCUCCUUCAUACCUCUCAUGCUCACCAACUUCCUACAAACCAGAAGUACCAUCUCCUUCCCAGCCUGUGCCCUGCAGAUGUACUUGACCCUGGCUUUGGGCGCUACAGAGUGCCUUCUCCUGGCUGCAAUGGCCUAUGACCGUUAUGUGGCUAUCUGCCACCCACUCAGGUACACAGAGCUCAUGACUGGACAGAUGUGCUGGCAGAUGGCAGUGCUGAGCUGGGGGACAGGCUUUGUCAACUCAUUGCUACAGUCCAUCCUGAUCUGGCGCCUCCCCUUCUGUGGCCACAAUGUCAUCAACCACUUCUUCUGUGAGAUCUUAGCAGUGCUGAAACUCGCCUGUGGGGACAUCUCCCUUAAUGCCCUGGUAUUGAUGGUGGCUACAACCAUCCUGACAGUGACCCCUCUCCUGCUCAUCUGUCUCUCCUACAUUUUCAUCCUGGCUGCCAUCUUUCGGGUUCCCUCUGCUUCAGGCCGGCGCAAAGCCUUCUCUACCUGCUCUGCACACCUCACAGUGGUGGUGAUUUUCUAUGGGACCAUCUCCUUCAUGUACCUCAAGCCUAAGGCAAAGAAUCCCAAUGUGGAUAAGAUUAUCACACUGUUUUAUGCCGCCGUGACACCCUCAAUGAACCCCAUCAUCUAUAGCCUAAGAAAUGCAGAGGUGAAAGCAGCUGUCACAGCUCUGCUUGGGGGAGGUCUGCUCACUAGAAAAUUCUCCCACAUUUACUGUUGCCCUCCGACUCUGUCAGUCAACAUGAGCUAGCCUAUCUUGUGGUAAUGCAAUCAUUAAUUAAGUGGCUUCAAACCAACAGAUUUCUCACUUAUACCCCAGGUCCAUAAGGGCUUGGCUGGGAUUCUACUCUGCUUCCUUUUAUCCACCCCUCAUCCCCACCACAGGACCCGUGAUGACAAAGCACUUACCAUCUGUAACAUGGCUGGGCACCAUUACACAACGAGAAGAGAAGGUGUUCUUUCGCUCCCUUUACACCCACCUUCUUCCAGACUGUCAUUCCAGGGUCCUGGUGCACCUUCAGGCACACCACAAGACACAGAGGUACCAGCUUUCAUUGUUGUCUCCAGCUGCUCCCAAGGCUCUGUCCCUCUAGUCUCUAAAAGAAAUUCCUCACAUUCCUCAUAGUGGUUCUGCCAUUGAAGUCUAGCCCCAAUUGAUCCAUCACUCU